CCGCCUUCGGGACCAUGUCCAAACCUUCAGACCACAUCAAGCGACCCAUGAACGCCUUCAUGGUAUGGUCCCGAGGCCAGCGGCGCAAGAUGGCCCAGGAAAACCCCAAGAUGCACAACUCAGAGAUCAGCAAACGCCUAGGCGCCGAAUGGAAGCUUCUGUCCGAGGCAGAGAAGAGACCGUACAUCGAUGAGGCCAAGAGGCUACGCGCCCAACACAUGAAGGAACACCCGGACUACAAGUACCGGCCACGGCGCAAGCCCAAGAACCUGCUUAAGAAGGACAGGUAUGUCUUCCCCCUGCCCUACCUGGGCGACACGGACCCGCUCAAGGCGGCUGGCCUGCCCGUGGGGGCCUCCGACGGCCUCCUGAGCGCGCCCGAGAAAGCCCGGGCCUUCUUGCCGCCAGCCUCGGCGCCCUACUCCCUGCUGGACCCCGCGCAGUUUAGCUCAAGCGCCAUCCAGAAGAUGGGUGAAGUGCCCCACACCUUGGCCACCGGCGCACUGCCCUACGCGUCCACCCUGGGCUACCAGAACGGCGCCUUCGGCAGCCUCAGCUGCCCCAGCCAACACACGCACACGCACCCGUCCCCCACCAAUCCGGGCUACGUGGUGCCCUGUAACUGUACUGCCUGGUCUGCCUCCACCCUGCAGCCCCCCGUCGCCUACAUCCUCUUCCCGGGCAUGACCAAGACUGGCAUAGACCCUUAUUCGUCAGCCCAUGCCACGGCCAUGUAACCCCAGGCCAGCCCACCAGACCUGGAGGGUGACCUGGAAGCGAGGUCUGCACCCUGUCCUCUGCGCCGCGUCGGGUCCUGCAGACGCCUUUGGGUCAGCCGUUCCGCUGCCCGCUACCCCACCCCAGACUCUGCCUCUCUUCCAGGGGGAUGGUAGUGGCGUCCUCCCGGACCCAAGGCGCAGACAGGUGCCAGAAACUUGUGAACAUAUGACAGCUAUAUAGCUGCCCCUAUCCUGACUGUCCCAAAACAAAUCUCCGACUGUACCCCCUUUGGACAAAAAAAAAAAAAAAAGUAGGCAGUUUUGCUUUAUUUAUGUCCCCUUCUCUCUCCUCUGAUGGGCUUUGGACUCCAGAACUCCCAGA